UUAGAUUGAUUUAAAGUGAGUAUGCCUGUGUUAAGGUGAAGAGUUUAAUAGUUCAUUGAAUUGCCCAGUUGGUAUAAAAUCUACCUUGGAGCUUUCUUUUUAAUAAAUAGCUCUGUGUUAAAGUAAAAUUUAGGGUUGUUGAUUAAAUAUAUUAUAUUAGUGGUUGUCAGAUUCCAUCCCAAUAAAAUACUCAAGUCAGUUUGGAAUUUUAUGGUGGUUUAAUUACAAUAGAGGGAAGAAAUUAAAAAGAAGGAAAAGAAGUGAAGGGUAUAAGAUUUUCUCCAGCCUGGAUAAGCCAGGAAAGUUCAGAGGCCUCAGUCAAGGGGCUUUCUCAGAAGAUUAAAUCUAGCUUGGCUUCCAGCCAUGAGGCCUCCUCAGAGGAUAGUGCCUUCAGGAGGUAAAGGAAAGGGGGAUGGGGGGGUCAGCCUUAAUCACUCACCAAGGCUGAUUCAGGGAAAAAGCCUCACCUAAAUCAUGCUACAGAGCUACUCCCAAUGACCUCCACUGCCAAAGUCUGCCAAACUGCAAGCACGCCAAAAGCCACCAAAAGCUCCCAACGCCGCAGUGAGUGUUUUCACAGGAAGUGAUGUGAAAUAAUAGGCAGUUCUUUACAUCACUUUCUCUGUCUUACAUGUACCAAUGAUGUCUUAAGGUUGGCUUAGAGGACAGCCCAGGGGGUCAGUCAGUUGUUUCUGAUUUGUAACUUGCUAACACAUGCAGGUCAUAGGCCAUCCUCCCCUACAGUUAAUCCUUAAGUGGGGGUGUAUACAUUCCUUGGUUGCUAAAAUUCUAAAGACUAAGCAGGGUGGAGUAAAUCUAAAAUUCACUUCUACAUGGCAUAACCAAAAAAUAAUUUUAUUGGUAUUGUUUAUUUUAUAUCACAUUCCUUUUGAAAUAUAUCCUUCUUCUUGGAAGAAUUACAAUUGGAUAGAAAUAUUGAGUCUGGAUCAGGAAGACCUGAGUUCAGAUCCAGAUUUAGAUACUUUCUAGUUGUGUGACCCUGGGCAAGUCAUUUAACCUCUCUCUGCCUGUGUUUGCAACUGUAAAAUAGGAAUAAUAAUAGUGCCUACCUCACAAGGUUAUUGUGAGGUUCAAAAUAGACAGUGUUUGUAAAAGCACUUAACAGGUGUCUGACAUGUAGAAGCUACUUAUUAAAUGCUUGUUCCCUUCCCUUGUUCCCUAUCCAGCAACAACUUGAGCCAGGCUUUGGGGGUAGAGGGGAAGAUUGUAAACUGUGGCCUCUAGGUCAUGAGUGAAGGUCACUUUUCCUGUUCAACCCUUGAUCUAGUUUCCCAGUCCCUAGACCUGCUCCAUGAUCUAGAUCUAGGAAAGACUCGGAAUUUUGAAAUGAAGAUGGAGGAGGCCGUAGGAAAAGUCGAAGAACUUAUUGAAUCUACAGCCCCACCAAAGACAUCUGAAAAACAAGAAACAGUCCAGACAGAAGAUGGACCUAUAGAACUAGAGUCACAUUCUCAGAAAGAAGGUGUGGGUGAUUCUGCAGUUCUUUCAUCAAUGCCUUGCUUGCUGAUGGAAUUGAGACGGGACUCUUCCGAGUCUCAACUGGCAUCUACAGAAAGUGAUAAACCAACAACUGGUCGAGUUUAUGAGAGUGACUCUUCUAAUCAUUGCAUGCUUUCACCUUCCUCCAGUGGACACCUGGCUGAUUCAGAUACGUUGUCUUCUGCAGAAGAGAAUGAACCCUCCCAGGCAGAAGCUACUGUAGAAGGAGAUCCUUCUGGAGUGUCUGGAUCAACUGUUGGUCGCAAGUCUAGACGGUCCCGAUCUGAAAGUGAAACCUCAACAAUGGCUGCCAAGAAAAACAGGCAGUCCAGUGAUAAGCAAAAUGGCCGAGUUGCCAAGGUUAAAGGUCACCGGAGCCAAAAACACAAAGAAAGAAUCCGGCUACUGAGGCAGAAGCGGGAGCUUGCCGCUCGCAAGAAGUAUAACCUGCUGCAGGACAGCAGUACCAGUGAUAGUGACCUGACCUGUGACUCAAGCACGAGUUCAUCAGAUGAUGAUGAAGAGGUUUCAGGGAGCAGCAAGACAGUCACUGCAGAGAUACCAGAUGGACCUUCAAUUGUAGCUCAUUAUGAUAUAUCUGACACCAACUCUGACCCUGAAGUGGUAAAUGUGGACAAUUUAUUGGCGGCUGCAGUAGUUCAAGAGCACAGUAAUUCUUUAGGAAGCCAGGAUACAGGAGCUACCUGGAAGACCAGCGGGCUUCUAGAGGAACUGAAUGCUGAGGCAGGUCAUUUGGAUCCAGGAUUCCUAGCAAGUGAGAAAACAUCUUCUGGCAAUGCACAACUCAAUGAAGAGAUUAAUAUCGCCUCUUCAGACAGUGAAGUAGAAAUUGUGGGAGUUCAGGAACAUGCAAGGUGUGUACAUCCUAGAGGUGGUGUGAUUCAGAGUGUGUCUUCAUGGAAGGAUGGCUCAGGCUUACAGUAUUUUAGCAGCCGGCAAACACAAUCAUGGACAUCCGUGACUCCCCAGCAGAAUUGGUCUUCACCCUCGGAAGUAGUUGAUCUUACCUUGGAUGAAGAUAGCAGACGCAAAUACCUACUGUAAUACAAUGUCACUGUGUUUCUUCCCCACUGUACCCUUCCUUUUCUCUUUGGCACAGAAGUUCAUUGUCAUUGCUUCAACUUCAGAAGCCUUGCUCUUGGCAUUUGUGGAAUUGAAACUUGUGGAGAAUUACCCCUUUAAAAAACAAACGAGGUUUUAUCUCUAAAAAAUCAUAAGAAAAUGAAGGAAGCUUUCCCUCCUUCAUUAGGAAGAUGAGAGAUACUGAUGAAUUUUAUUGGGGAAAAAAACUGCAGUUAUAUGCAGUGGAUAUUAAUCAGAGGAAAUACUCUCCAGCUCUGCCUUCCUCACUCCUGAUAGAAUAUUAGUUUAAUUUCAAGGUGAAUUUUAACUGGGGUUUUGGAACCUUGUAUUUCUCUCUGUGAGUGAAAUUAUAACAUACAGGGUUAGCUCUUCCCUUUCCUUCCCACUGGCCCUCUUGCCCUCGGGCAUUUGCACAUUUCUUAGUCAGGUUCUAUUAUUGGCACUCAGUAGGACAUGUGUGUUAACAGCUUGUCCUUUUAAGCAGAAUUCAGGAGCAUUACUGUUUCUCUCUUAACUUCGUCUUCUGCCCUUUUUCCUGACUACUUUUUUGACUGGUGACUUGCCACAACUUGAAUGACUUUGCUCUGAUGUGAUCACAAAUGCUGUUAAGUUGACUUCUGUUGAUUCCUUGUUUGCAAUAACUUUUAACUCUGAAAAAUGAGAAUUUCUUGACUUGUAGCUACUUCCAGGAUAUUACUUUCUAGGUAGUCUGAGGAGGAUUGGUAUCAAUGGGGAAAAAAAUCUCCAUUCUGAUUCCAUUGGCUUUUCUUUUUCUUUUUUUUUUCUAGUCUGCUCAAAUAUAACUGGAAAAUGUAGAAAGAUGAAACUGGGAACCUGUUAUAUGGGCCUGAAACAGAGAGAGAGGCCAAAGUUUGGAGGCUAUAGGAACUCAUAAGCUUGCAUGGCAUUUGGCAAGAGUGUUAAGUGCCUUCUUUCAUAGCAAGUCUCUCCAUGUAGGGCAUAGCCAAUAAAUGCUAAUUGUAUAAACUGAUGCCGAACUAAUGUUCUGCUUAGGUAUCUUCUCCUUCCUACCUUUAAAAAAUAUACAUAGAUAUAUAUAUAUACAUAUAUGCCAUAAGAAGCACAUGAUGCAACAUUCUAGAUUUUGCAUAAUUUUUAAAAAUAGGGAAAAUUCAGGAAAUGCCAAAGUUUAGGUUUUUGUGGCAUUUUAGCUACCUUGGUAUCUGGGAUUUAUUUCACUUAAUGUUCUUCCUGUCUCUUGAAAGCAAUAGCUUUGACUAGGACACUAUUUACAGAGGUGGGGUAAAGUAAUAUUGCUUUCAGGAUCUCCUCACCUUUUGUGUUUUUUUUCCUAAGCUUUUCUUUCUGGUUUUCUGGUAAUUUAUAUGUUGGUAAGCUCCUUUACAUGUAGCCCUUUAUGCAUCAGUGGCUGCUGUUUAUCAUAAAAGCAUGCAUGAGAACUGCACAGUCAGAAUAGUCUGCCUGACCCUUUGUCUAACAUUUCAAAUACUCCCUUUUUCCUAAAGUAUAGUUAGUAAACUUAGUAAACCCUUUCAACUACUUUGGGCUCUUUAUGCCCUCUUCUUCCUACAGGGAUGUGUUUUUGGUCACAUAUGCUUUCGUCAGUAGUUUGCUUUUGUUUUCCAUCAGUUGUUCAGAUUCAGGCUUUUGAGAUAACAAUUCCAGUUUCUGAAUCUUAAUUCCAUCCUGUGUAUGGGCCUCUUGGCAAAACCAAAGACCCAAAGUGAGACUGAAACAGAAACAUUUUCAAAUCUGACUGUUAUUAACGUCCUCAGACUGUUCAUAUUUAAUUUUGGCAUUAUUUUAUUAAAUACUAUGUACUAUUACAAGCCAUUAUUUACUUAGCUUAGAGUACUUUGCCAAGUUGAAUUCACAACUCUUGAUCUGUGUUUUUCAAGGAAACCAACUUGAAGAGUAUAGGGCCAGUCAUGCUAUAUCACUUGAAAUUUAUUUAGACAUUUUCUCCACAGAUACCUGUGAAACUCCUUCAAAAUAAAUACUAAUGCAGGGAAAGUUCUGUUAAAUAAAGUUAUUUCUGUGGCCCAUUAGGGACAUAGAAACAACACAUUUUUGAUCCAUUUAUAGCAAAUUCUCUACAUUGUAUAUACUCCUCCGAUGAAUUCUUUCUUUGUGGGGGGCUUAUUUGCAAAUUUUUUUUUUGCGUUGUUGGUAGGAAAAGAAGAGUUGAGCCUUCCCUAAGCUCUUUAUACUUCUUUUAUCCUCCUGAUAAGUAAUACCUUUCAAUUCUUAUCACCCAUCCCUCUUUAGGCAUCCCAAACAACUAAAUUUUCCAAUAUUCUCCAAAAUGGUAGUGUAGAUAGAGAUCCAGGAACUAAAUAGAGGAGAGAAAAGGUAAUGUCAUGAACAUACUCUCUUUUACUGUGUUUGGAGCCCAUCUUUUUACAUACUGGUUCCUCAGAGACUCUGGGCACUAGUUGUUUCAUUGCUAGACCCUGCAGACUGGAAAUGUGCUUUUAAACAAUGUACUGAUUUUACAAAAUUUCAUGGUGAGAAAGCAGUUUAGAUGAUCCUUGGACUGCCCUCUUAAGGGAUUAUAUCUGUAUAAAGUUUUCAUUUGGUGGCAUAAAGAAUAGCAAAAAUUCCCCAAAGCAAUAACUCAUAGAGUCUGUGCCCUAUUCAGAGUUACCUUUGUGCUAAAUGGUAGAGCUGGGCCAUAGAUUGGUUUAUAUCCCAACUUAAAAGAAUAAAAUUUGAACCAAUGACCUAUGUAUUGUAUGAUCAUGCCCUAUAAGAUAUAGUUGCUGCGUUUUGGUAUCUGCUAUUUUGUUUUUUGCUUUUGUUUUUUUAUUUUAUUUAAAGGGGCCAAAUCAAAUGGACCCCUUUUUCUUUGCAGUUGAGCAUCCCACAGUGCUGGUAUCAUUGUACCAAUUGUGAAUACAAAUCUUUUCCUGAUUUGCUAAUUUAGUAAUGUGCAUCUUUUUUUUUUUUUAGCAAGUUAGUUCUGAAGGUAACUGAGAGGAAAAAAAAAUGUUAGUUACCUACUUUUUCCUAUCUCAUGAGGUGUCUGAGGGAACUGAGGACAUAGUUUAGUCUUUACCGUUAAAAAUAAAUAAAUAAGCAGAUCCCCUAAAUUCCUGUUUUCCAGUAUGUAUAUGAUGUGACUUCCAUGUAUAUAUAAAAACUGCACCCCAACCAAACUUCCUCAGAUUGUGCACUGUUUAUAGUUUAAAAUAAUCACGUAUUUUAGUCUCAUGCUGUUGGGUUUGUUUUCCAUUUUAUUUAAAACACUACAUAUUUCUUAUUCUUUUAACAAAUUUUAAAGGGUAGUGAUCUUUAAAAAAAAAAACAUGCCCACAAUCACUGGAUAGUUAGGAAAUGUUAUUAUGUUUGUUUUUGUUUUAUAUUUUAAAGAGAGCAAAGGGCAGUGAAGCCCUUUUUUUUGCUCCUCUCACCAGGAAAGUGAAAUGUUAGCCAUUGUGUGGCUAGGAACCAAUGCACUUGGUGGUUUAACAGAUCUACUGUUGCUGGAGUUUGAACUUGGAACUUGAUGCAGUGAAGACAAAUCAUUGCUUAGAAUUAAUGUUUUAAAAUGUGCAACUUAGUUUAAAAAAAAAUUUGGUUCUUCUUUAUAUUCAUUAUUUAGUUCUUGUUUCCAUCUAGUAUUUAAUGGUCUUUGAGAAAAAAAUAAUAAAACAGAGUGUUAUAUAUAUAUUUUUUGGUGCAAGAUAAGACCUUCUGUUUUUUGAAAUAAGUCUGUAGCAUAAAGGUUAAACUAUUUUAAGACAAAAUAAAAUAGAGUGUAUUUAAACAAUAA